AGCGCGAGUGGCAGAGACAUGCCAAGAGCAUCGCGAACCUGGCCAGUCAAAUAUGGAGCUUUUUAAAACGAUAAUUUUGGUGCUUUGGAUAUUAUUGCUUACACGACUAAGGGACUGUGAAGCCGAGGAAGUUGUCUUGCUGAAUUCUAAAGAGUCCCAGGCUGAGCUGGGCUGGACUUCAUACCCUUCAAAUGGAUGGGAGGAGAUCAGCGGCGUGGACGAGAAGUACAAGCCCAUCCGCACGUACCAGGUGUGCAACGUGAUGGAGGCGGCGCAGAACAACUGGCUGCAGACGGGCUGGAUCUGGCGCCGCGGCGGCCAGCGCAUCUUCGUGGAGCUGCAGUUCACGCUGCGCGACUGCAACUCCAUCCCCGGUGUGGCCGGGGGCACCUGCAAGGAGACCUUCAACCUGCUCUACGCCGAGUCGGACUGGGACCUGGGGCGGGUGGCGCGCGAGGACCGCUACACCAAGGUGGACACCAUCGCGGCCGACGAGAGCUUCACGCAGGGCGACCUGGGCGAGCGCAAGAUGAAGCUCAAUACGGAGGUGCGCGAGAUCGGCCACCUCAACCGCAAGGGCUUCCACCUGGCCUUCCAGGACGUGGGCGCGUGUGUGGCGCUGGUGUCGGUGCGCGUCUACUACAAGCGCUGCCGCGGCACCGUGCAGAACCUGGCCGUCUUCCCUGACACGGUGGCCGAGGCCGCCUUCGCCACCCUCGUGGAGGUGCGCGGCGCCUGCGUCAACAACUCGGAGGUGGACACGGACAGCCCGCCGCGGAUGCACUGCAGCGCCGAGGGCGAGUGGCUCGUGCCCAUCGGCAAGUGCAGCUGCAGCGCCGGCUUCGAGGAGGGCCACAGCAGCUGUGAACCGUGCCCGCCGGGUUCUUACAAGAUGUCGUCGCGGCAGCAGGAGUGCUUCCCGUGCCCGGCGAACAGCGUGGCCGAAGAGGAAGGCUCCGUGGUGUGUCUGUGUGAGGAGGACCACUUCCGCACGCCGCUGGACAGUCCCUCAGCACCAUGCACACGCCCCCCCUCUCCACCAAGGAACCUGGUCUACACCCUCAAGCAGUCCACCCUCAUUCUGGAGUGGGCGGCGCCUAGUGACACGGGCGGCCGAGGUGACCUGACCUACAGCGUGGGCUGCAGGCGCUGUGUACGCAUGGCGGCGGCUUUGCCGGCAUCGGCGUCAGCGGCGACAGCGGCGACCGCGCGCUCCGGCGGCACAGACACCCAGUGCGAGCCGUGCGGCCCCAGCGUGGGCUUCGUGCCCCAGCAGAGCGGCCUGACGGAGCGCACAGUCACUGUGGUCAACCUGCUGCCCAACGCCAACUACACCUUCACCGUGGAGGCCCUGAACGGCGUCUCGGAGUUGCUGCCCAACAAGCGUUUCUACACACAGGUCAACGUUUCCACCAGUGUGGCAGCACCCUCUAUGGUGAGUGAGUUGCGGGCGGAGAAGAUUGAGCAGCGUAGUGUGACAUUGGUAUGGAGAGAGCCCAGCUAUCCCAACCGCAGCCGCACCGAGUAUGAGAUCAAGUAUUAUGAGAAGGAGCAGAAGGACCAGCGCUACUCGACGGUGAAGACUGCGGCCACGCGUGUCAGCGUCAGCAACCUCAAACCGGGCACCACCUACGUCUUCCUCAUCCGCUCCUCUUUCUCCCAAGUCACCUCCUCCAGUUCCUCCUCCUCUUCCUCCUCACUGGCCUCCUCUCCGCUCUCCUCCUCAUCUUCCUCUUCAGCCUCGUCCUCUGCCUCCUCCUCUUCCUCCUCCUCCUCCUCCUCCUCCCUAUCAUCUUCGUCUCCCUCGCCAUUGGAUUAUGGCGCCUACAGCGCACCCCUGGAGCUUCAGACGCUGGGAGAGUUGGCCCUGGCGUCCAGCGAGCAGAAUCCGGUGGUGAUAAUUGUGGUGGUGUCUGUGGCUGCUCUCAUCAUGCUGCUCUCUCUGGGCAUAGGGCUGCUCAUCUGGAGAAGUGGCCUGUCCAGCUCCUCCAGUGGAGCCCCGGCUGGUGUGGUCCUGCUCUCCACCUCCUUCUCUGCUCCCUCUCCUCUCCUCCCUCCUCCUCCUCUCACUCCUCUUCUAUGUCCCACCACCCAGCUGUCUCCCAGACAAUGUGGCUACAGCAAGGCCAGCCAAGAGGGAGACGAGGAGCUCUACUUCCAGUUCAAGAUCCCCACCAGACGCACGUACAUCGAUCCAGAGACAUGCGAGGACCUGGUGCAGGCUGUGCACGCUUUCGCCAAGGAGCUUGACAACUCCUCCAUCAAGAUCGAGAGGAUCAUUCAUACUGGUGACUUUGGGGAGGUGUGUUGUGGCUGCCUGAAGCUGCCCAGCAAGAGAGAGCUGCCGGUGGCCAUCAAGACGCUGCGUGCAGGCUGCUCUGAGAAACAGCGGCGAUCCUUCCUGUCCGAGGCAGCCAUUCUGGGCCAGUUUGACCACUCCAACAUCGUCCGUCUGGAGGGGGUCAUCACCAGAGGGAACACCAUGAUGAUCGUUGUGGAGAGCAUGUGCAAUGGGGCUCUGGAUGCAUUCCUUCGGAAACACGAGGGGCAGCUGAGUGUGCUGCAGCUAGUGGACCUAUUGGGCGGCGUGGCCUCGGGCAUGAAGUACCUGACGGAGAUGGGCUUCAUCCACCGCCGGCUCGCUGCCCACAAGGUGCUGGUCAACAGCAGCCUGGUCUGCAAGGUGUCCGGCUUCCGGCCCGUGCAGGACGACAAGAUCGAAGCCGUGUACACUACACUUCAUGGUGGUAAGAGUGUGGUGCUGUGGAGUGCUCCUGAGGCCAUCCAGUACCACCGCUACAGCUCGGCCUCAGACGUGUGGAGCUUUGGCAUCGUCAUGUGGGAGGUCAUGUCCUUCGGGGAGCGACCCUACUGGGACAUGGGCAAUGAGGAUGUGAUCAAGGCCAUCGAGGACGGCUUCCGGCUGCCGGCGCCAGUGAACUGCCCGACGCCGCUGCACCAGCUGAUGCUGGACUGCUGGCAGAAGGAGCGCAGCGAGCGACCCAGCUUCAGCCAGAUCCACAGCGCCCUCAGCAAGAGCAUCCGCACGCCCGACGCCAUCGGCUCCUCCACGCUGGCACGCAGGACCCUGAGCUCGUCCAUCUCUCUGGCGGAGAGAAGCUGCACGCUGCCCUCCUUCCCCUCCUUCAGCUCGGUGGGGGAGUGGCUGGAGGCUGUGGAUAUGGGCCGCUACAAGGACAACUUCACCGCCGCCGGAUACUGCUACCUGGAGUCCGUGGCCCGCAUGACCGUCCAGGAUGUGUUAAGUCUGGGCAUCACCUCCCUGGAGCACCAGAAACAGAUCCUGUCGGCCAUCCAGUCUCUGAGGGCUCAGGUCAUCCAAAUGCACGGCCGCGGCGUGCAGGUCUAACCCACACCCUCACGCACACACACACACAACACACGCCCAUUAUUAAACACACGAGAAAACAACAUGCACCACACACUCAAAGACACCCACACCAAUGGGCCUGAACUGAACAGGGUGGGGUUCGGAUGUCUAACAGAAGCCCAGCAGAAGAAACGCCAGAUGUGUCUGUUCCCCUGGGAACUAGAGUGUGAAGUCCCCCAUACGCCAGGAGCCACCGCUCAGAGAUGUGGACCAGUA